ACGCAACCAAAACAAAUACUAAAACCUAUCUGUGGUCAACUCACCUCUGUAUAAAUCUUCUUCCUUUACCUUAUUUUACAAGUUUCUUCAGAGAAGUCUAAGCUUUUGUACCAUCCAACUUUGCAUGAUUUUUUUUUUCUUUUGCAAAACGAAUUACUUUGAUUUCUUAUUCCCAUACUGAUCUUUGUUUUGAUGACUCCGUAAUCAUGUCUUUGUUGCUUUCUUCAUCUUUAAAGUAAUAUACCAUAUUAUUGUUUUCUUCGAUCAAAGACACCAUAUAAAUCUUGUAAAGUAGAGGAGGAUGAAGCGUGGGAAAGGCGACAAAAAGGGAACAAAGAACCGAGAUGUCAGCGGUCAAGUAGUUCCGCUCACUGAACCGGUGGUUGUAGCUACGGCUGUGGUUGGAACAAGAUCAUGGAUAGGAGGUCUCUUUACACGGUCCAGUAGACGUCAAGACAAGUCAAUCGACUACACUUUGUCUCCUCUUCAGGAGGAAAGACUUCAAAAGCUGCAAGAUCGUUUGCUUGUACCUUUUGAAGAGACACGUAUUGACCAUCAGGAAUCACUAAAAGCAUUGUGGAAUGCUGCAUUUCCGAAUAUAAGUCUCACAGGCUUAGUAACAGAACAAUGGAAAGAUAUGGGAUGGCAAGGUCCCAAUCCAUCUACCGAUUUCAGGGGUUGUGGAUUUAUCGCUCUAGAGAAUUUGUUAUUUUCCGCAAGAACAUAUCCGGUUUGUUUCCGGAGGCUAUUACUGAAACAAAGAGGCGAGAGGGCAAAGUGGGAGUACCCUUUUGCGGUGGCCGGAAUCAAUAUCUCCUUCAUGCUGAUUCAAAUGCUCGAUUUACAAAACACUCCAAAGCCGAAAUGUCUUCCGGGAAUGAAUUUUCUCAAACUCUUAGAAGGUAAACAAAAAGACGAGAAUGCAUUCGAUGUACUGUAUUGUAUAUCAUUCGCGAUGAUGGAUGCUCAAUGGCUUGCGAUGCACGCUUCUUACAUGGAAUUCAAUUAUUGCAGGCGACACGGAAUCAGCUAGAGAGAGAGCUUUCUUUGGACGAUAUUCAUCGGAUUCAAGAUCUCCCUGCUUAUAAUCUCUUGUUCCAAUAGAUUUUUCUUCUAUUUAGAUGUGUACAUUAACUGGAUUUAUGUAUUUAAAAAACGAUAAUCAAUGAGACAACAAAUACUAAAAGAUUGAAAAUGAAUGACCAUGUUACAUAUCUUUUCCUUGGUCAAAGAUC